AUGUCAAAACUCAACAAUAAGAUCAACUUUAUAAAAGAAUAUUGGAUCCAAGUAUUUACCAAGGCCAUAGACGACUAUGCACGCGGGCUUACACCUAACCCGGAUGUAAUGUGCAAUCGAGAAAUCAAAUUUGGUCGGCUGCUGGAGAAAAUACUUGGUUCCAGUCAAAACGAUGAGGGUGUAUGGAUGGCAACGGCGGUAGACUCGACCAAAGAUCAAACGUACUAUCUGUCGACAGUACCAGAAGAAAAACUACAAAGAACGAUCUUUCCAAUAGGUCAUCUGACAAAGUUACAAGUACGGCAAAUAGCCAAUAAAGCCAAUCUCAUCAUAGCCAACAAAGCCGAGAGUAUGGGUCUAUGCUUUGUCGGUGAGAAGAACAAGUUUGCCGAUUUUCUAGGAGAGUAUAUUGACAAUACGCCCGGCGAGAUUAAAACGAUUGAUGGUCACGUUAUCGGUAUGGACAGUGUACCAGGACGCACUAUGGACCUCAAAGGCACCAAAUCACUUUCCGCCAGAUUCCUUCACUUUUCAACGCAUCCCCCUCCCAAUGUCCGUCCUGCUAACCAUGUCUACUUUCAUCACAGAUGGUUUGUAUAUAAGAAGGAUGUUGAAAAUAAUUCAAUUAUUGUCGUACCUGGAUCAACCAAUCUAUUACUCUUUUCACGUAAACUCGUAGCACGAGACUGGAUAUGGAGUUGGAAUGAACCGCCAGACGGUAUUGAGCAAGGUAUUGAUUUGCUUGGGCAGGUUAGAUAUCGACAAGUAGCUGCUGUUGCACCUGGACAAUAUGUUGUCGUGUGGGAUGGCAACUGGUGUUUGGGUGGUGGUGUCAUAGAGGAGAGUGUUGACGAAUCGGAUGAAAUAACGCAGAACGAGAAAUGA